AUGGUUGGAUUAUGUCUUAGUCUAUUCCUUGUUCUAAUCUUUUCCAGUCCCAUCGUCGCAUUGACCAGUUCGACUGUUCAACAAUGUCAAGUUGAAAUUUACAAUGAAACACUCCACUUUCGACAUUGUUUGGAUCAUUCGAUUUCGAUUCAAACGACUCGCUGUCGCGGUCAGUGUUAUUCUGAAGAAGAACUCGUUUACGAUUGGGAACAAACAUCGACUUAUCGAAGAUAUAAGCGCAAUUUUCAUUGUUGCGUACCGAAAAUGACCGAAGCGCAUGAGACGCUUGUCAGAUGUCAAAAUAAACAGUUUCAAACCGUUCGAUAUCGUCUCGUUACUCAAUGUGAAUGUAAACCAUGCGGUGAUAAAUGUUCCGAAUAUUUUUAA